CCCAAAUGUCCAAAACUCUGAACUGGUCCUUGCAAAUCAAUUCACGUGAACACUCUCAAAAGUUUUGUUGCAGGUCGCAACGGGGCUAAUCGUUCAUACCGCCUCAACUCUGAAAUCUGCUUCUCAAAGUUGACGAUUCUAAUCUGCAGCAAGAACCACUAUGCCAGAUACUAAAACGAGCGAUCAAAAAAAUGCCGGCAAAGAGAUAUCCGACCUGGCCGAACAACACAUUCAACAUGACCUCACCCAAUCCGACCGAGAUGCCUUGAAGAGCGCUUCUGGAACUUUUUCGACAUAUACAACGAUUGGAUCAUUACUUGGUCUUGGAUUGGGAGCUGCCAUGGCGUUUAGAGUGAGGAAGGUUCGGACGGAUUACUUCAAAGCGUUUAGGGCUAUAGAGAAGCCUACUCACGUGCAGUUUGCUAACGGUCGGACUGAGGCUUUACCGGACCUGACUCCGAUGCUCAAGCCAUCUACAGCUGGAGAUAUCGCAACGUACUUCUUCUUUAGUGCAGGAGGUUUGUUUGUUGGUGGUGAAACUGGCUUGUUGUUGGGUGGCUACAGUGCGAAGAGGACGAUUACAGGUGAUCCAGAGAGGAAAGCGAGAGUAGAGUCAGCGUUCAGGAAAUUCAAAGCUGAUGUUUUGAAGAGGCAGAUUGCUCAAUUGGAGAAAGAGGACAAUAAGGAGAGCACGCUUGAGAAGUGGUUUUGA